AAAAAUAAAAAAAUUUGACACAGAGAUUUCCCACCAAAUCCGUGUAACUGAUAUUUGGGUAUUUGCUUUGCUUGUUCAACGCUCAAAAACAAUCGACUUAAUGAUUCUCACGUCCCUCUCCUUUUUCUUCAAUCCAACUCCAUCCUAAAUCUCUACAACAAAUCUUUCUGCUUUUUUUUAUAUUUCAAGGAAACGUCUCUUUCAAUUUUGCCUGUCAUGACUGAAGUCCUUCAUUUCCCUUCCUCUCCAACUACUUCUCCUUCUUCCUCUUCUCCUUCUCCCUCUUUCUUAUCCUGCGCAUCCCCUCCCUGCUUAUCCUGCGCACCUCACUCUCUCCUCCUUCGUAAUGCUGAUGAUGAUAACUGUUCCGUCGUGACGGAAGAAGCUGCUGAAGUCGACGGCGACAACCACAGAGAGCCUUCCGAUCAGUUGUCUCUUCUCACUCUGCUUGUCACUAUUUUCAGAAAGUCUUUGAUUGCUUGUAAAACUGAGAGGAGACAGCUCUGUGCUAUGGAGAUCAGCGCCCCAACCAACGUCCGACACGUGGCACACGUCACCUUCGAUAAGUUCAAUGGUUUCCUCGGCUUGCCUGUUGAGUUCGAGCUCGAAGUUCCCAGAAGACCUCCCAGUGCUAGUGCAACUGUUUUUGGAGUUUCUACUGAAUCUAUGCAGUUGUCAUACGAUACCAGAGGUAACAGUGUGCCGACAAUAUUGCUGCUAAUGCAAAGACACCUAUAUGGUCGAGGAGGCUUGCAGUCAGAAGGGAUUUUCAGAAUAAAUGCAGAAAAUAGUCAGGAGGAGUAUGUGAGAAACCAAUUAAAUAGUGGAGUGAUACCAGAUGGUGUUGAUGUGCACUGUUUGGCAGGACUAAUCAAGGCUUGGUUUAGAGAACUGCCAACUGGGGUUCUAGAUUCUUUAUCGCCUGAGCAGGUAAUGCGAUGCCAGACAGAAGAGGACUGCACUGAGCUUGUGAGAAUUCUACCCCCAACAGAAGCUGCUCUAUUGGAUUGGGCAAUCAAUCUUAUGGCUGAUGUUGUGCAACUAGAACAUCUAAACAAGAUGAAUGCACGAAACAUAGCAAUGGUUUUUGCCCCAAAUAUGACUCAGAUGGCAGACCCCUUGACUGCAUUGAUGUAUGCUGUUCAAGUGAUGAACUUCCUUAAGACACUUAUAUUGAGAAUAUUGCGGGAAAGAGGAGAUUCUGUUGUAGAGCAGAGUCCAGUUUCACGUUUAGAACCUUUUGAUGAGAAUGGACACCAGAGCCCCUCAGAAUCCUGUUUGCAAGUUGCUGAAAGAGAAGGUGAAGAGAUUGAGCAAGUCUUCAUUGCUGAGGAACCUGCGCUGGAAGGUUCUGCAGACUUUGGUCAGAAGAAUGUGAUAACUGAUGGAGCAGAUCAUGGUGCUAUAACCUUUAUUGAGAAAUCAACUGCCGAUAGUGAGCAGUCUUAUCAGACUCCUGCUCAAAAUGACACCUUAACCUGUGAAACCGGUGCCUGUGAAUUCACCUGUCAAAAGGCAAGUCUUCAGGCAAGUAAUUCAAACCCUAAAAGAGGCCCCCGAAGAUUUGACAGGCAACAGAGUCUGCUUCACUUACAGGGAACUGCUGAGAAGACCAAGGGAAUCAGCAAUCUGAGCUGUAUAGAUUCGAGGACAGAGCGUACUGAAGCGUGGCGAUGAAAAAGGCUAAACAUAUGUUAUAAGCCAACUGAUCCUAUGACAAAGUAUGUGCAGAGUUUGCAAAGUGUGAGGGUAAGAAUUGUCCUGUAUGUUUUUGGUGUGCUGGGUGGUUGCUUAACCUAUUCUAAUUUCACUGACACUAUACUUCUAUGGUAUGACUAACAUUCCCUGCUUUUAUGUCUAAUUAAAAUGGAAUUUUAUUGUUGUGGUUUCUUGUA